AUGAAGGAAGGGACACGCGCCGAUAAACCUCGGCCGAUCGACCUUCAUACAGGCUCAUCUGCCGGUUUGCCCUCCCCCCCUUGUCCCGCAGCUUUGGCCGACAUCUACGCCGAGAUCGAGUUGCUGGCAACGCGGACGCGCGAUCUGCAUUUCGGAAUGUUGUCGGCUUGGCCGCGACGCGGAGUUCGCUCCAUCUCCGAGUCGGCGCCGGCCUCGCUGCCGCCCCCCUGGGCCUCGGGCCUCGAGGGGAGGGGUGCUCGGAUGACCCUCGCCACGGCAACCGCGGCCAACAGAGUGAAACAGUCGCGUGCACUUCCGACCAGUUCGGGCUCCGGCUCCGGCUCCGGCUCUGGCUCGGCCUCGGGCUCGAGUCCCGCCGCAGCUGCCGGCGCGUCCGAGGCGGGCGUGUGGCGCAUCGACGGAGCCGCCAGGUCUGGACGGAACCUGAGGCCGGCUCGGCUCCACUCCUCUUCGGCAGCCGGUCCGGUGGGCGCCAACUCUGCUGGCCCGCUCUGGUCUCCGCAGCCGACAAUUGGAGCCCUCCAAGAGGCGGUCAACAUCCUGACCAGUAAGUUUCCACCUCUUUCCACCCACCAAUGGCCACCUCUGCUCGGCCGACUCCUCCUCCAUGCGACGCUACUUUCGGUUGCUACGGCUCAGCCAAUCAGACUGAGUUGUUCACUUUUGCUCACGACCUUCUUCCAGUUGCAGUUGAACUUGCUCCGUCCGCAUCUGUUUGUGGAGCUUACUUGCGUUUCGAGUGAAAGUGUUGCGUGA